AUGACAUCUUACGACUUCGUCAUCGUUGGCAGUGGCCCCGCUGGCUGUGCAUUGGCUUCGAAACUUGCCCGGAGAGCAAUGCCAUGGCCGCCAGAUCGACUAUUCUCGGGGAAAGUGUCUGGGGGGGGCUCGAGCGUCAUCAACUUCUGCGGCUACAGUAUCGGCUGCCGGGACGACUUUGAAGAAUGGGCGAGGAUUGUCGGCGAUGACCACUUCGGCUGGGAGAAGAUGCAGAGGCGAUUCAAAGACCUCGAAACUUUCCACGAUGCCGUUCCAGCCGACAUGAACGGCAGAAAGUAUGCGGCACCCGACCUCGCCGACCACGGAUCCUCCGGGCCUCUUCAUGUUGGAUUCGCCUCGGAGUGGGAGCGGGACGUCCCGUCCAUGAUGGAGGCGUUCGCUCAGGCAGGCUAUGCGAUUAAUCCAGAUCAUAAUUCCGGAAACCCACUGGGAAUCUCAAUAUCCAUCAAGAGCGUUCGCAAAGGAAUCGCAUCGUCAGCUCAGGACUUGAUAUGGAACRCCCCCGAAAACCUCACCCGUGUCGGAGUUGAGAGCAACGGGAAGCACUACUUGGCCUCGAGGGAGGUGAUUCUCAGCGCGGGUGCCCUCAACACCCCCCAGAUCCUGAUGCAUUCCGGAAUAGGCCCUUCCUCCCAGUUGGAGAAAUUUGGCAUACCAGUUGUACUCCAUAAUGAUGCCGUGGGACAGGGUUUACGAGACCACUUCUUCUUCACGGUGGCGCUCAGCCGAACGGACGACACCAGCGAUCGAAGGAGCUUUUAUGGAGAUCAGAAAGCCAUGAGAAUGGCCCAAAAGCAGUGGGAGUCCGAUCGUACUGGGCCAUGGACAGUCUUCGGGUUGCCGCACUUUGAGACAUUCGCCAACAUUCCCCUCCACUGGUUCAUGGAAGAUUUUCCUUCCCAUCAUCCCGCUUACGUCACCCUCACGGGAUUCCCAUUCAAUGCUCAAAGUCGCGGCGAAGUCGUCUUGCAAUCCCCAGACCCGGACGUCCCGCUGUUAUUCGACCCUAAAAUCUUCCACCACCCAUUCGAUUGUCGCAUGGCCAUCAUAACGCUCCGCAGUCUCCUCCAAGUCGCAAAUCACCCCGACUUUAAGAAGAAUACUUUGGGCGUCAUAGCGGGUCCGUCCACAGAGUCCGACGACGAUAUUCUGGAAUUCUGUAAGCGCAACGUGGUCUCGACGUGGCACAUGUGCGGGGGACCGCGAAGAUGGGAAAAGAGCAGGAUGGAAUAUCUGUGGUGGGACACGACUUCCGCGUCUUUGGAAUGA